GGCGCACGCGGACAGCCUCUGUUCGUCGGCGCUGCCUGCGCGAGUUCGCCGUCGAACUUCUCCGAUGCUUUGACUGCGAGGAUGAAAACAGUGCGUUACCAGCGGAUCGCCAGGAUGACGCGCGUAGUCAGGCUGCUGGCAGCGGCGGUAAUGCUGCCGGUGGUCCAGAACGCUGCGAUCCGUCGUUCCCCGAAGGAGAGCAGUCGCCACAUGUCCUGCGACUGGACGCAAAGUGGUCUAGGGCAGUCCCCCGAAGACGUGCUUCCUGUAUACCUGAGCUCGUGCGAUUCCGGCACGGUCCGCUGGAGCUACCCUCGCGGGGCUCUGCGCAUCGUGAUACGCGGUCCACCAUCGCAGCGAGAGUUCCAAGCCUGCUUCCGGGUCGCAGCUGACAGUUCCGGGGCGUUGGUGUACGCGGAGACCGCUCAGGGCAGCCUCGUUCCGGGACCUGGCGUACGGGCCAAGUGCGUGCUCUCCAACCGAGGCUCCGCGGUCGUCUACGCCGUGGCCUCGGCUGCCCGAACGGGCAAGAGGGCUAAGCUAACCCUGACGUACACCACGAGCCAGCCCGUGGCGUCGUUCGAGAGGCUCGAAGGAUGGGAAGACUGCCGACCCUGCACGGAAACAGAGCUGCGUGAAAGUUACUGCCUUGGCGAUUUAGUUGCAGAAGCUACAGUGCGGAAUGCCACGCUCCACUCAGACCGGCAGACCAUCUACUGGUGGCUGUCCGUCACGCGAACCCACCGUGGGCGCAUGCCCGACUACGUCACGAGGCCUGCAAGGUGCGGCUUUCCUCGUGACACGCAGGAGCCUCGUCUAAUACUGGCCAGGUGGCACCUGGGCCGCCCGAUUGUCACGUGUGCCCCGAAACUGCUGCAGUGGAAAAGGCUAGUGGGGCAGGACAGGGUGCAGUGCAAUUAUGAAACCAACGAUUCUAGUCAUCUGGUGAGGUGACCGUGGGAACAACCGCUCUCGCUGUGGAUGUACAGUUUGUGUAGUGUGGCCGCAUUCAGAAGCAGAUAUCUGUGAUCUCAACAACCGUGACGGCGUUGUCGUCCUGGAAGUGAAGCUUCGCAGCCAUGGCAGCUAUAAGCUACACUUCAACCCGGCUCCCCCUCUAGUCAUCUGCGGAAACUCUACAGGCGGUGGCAUGAGAUCAAAAAAUAAAUAUUGUUUU